AUGGCCGAUAAAGACCCCAUCGUCACACACGUCUUUACUGCCGACCCGUCUGCGCAUGUUUUCAAUGGCAAGCUCUACGUUUACCCCUCCCACGAUCGUGAGACCGAUAUCAAGGACAAUGAUAAUGGAGAUCAGUAUGACAUGAAUGAUUAUCAUGUUUUUAGUAUGGACACAGUCGGUGGGCCCGUGACUGACCACGGAGUUGCACUGAAACAGGAGGAUAUUCCGUGGGUCUCGAAGCAACUCUGGGCUCCAGAUGCGGCACAAAAGAACGGUAAAUAUUACCUGUUCUUCCCUGCAAGAGAUCAUGAGGGAAUCUUCAGGAUUGGUGUGGCUGUUGGAGAUGAGCCAGGAGGUCCUUUCAAACCGGAGCCGGAGCCGAUUCAGGGCAGCUUCAGUAUCGACCCUGCAAGUUUCGUGGACGACGACGGACAAGCAUACCUCUAUUUUGGCGGCAUAUGGGGUGGACAAUUGCAGUGCUGGAGCACUGGAAAAUUUGUGAGGGAGAGUUACUCAAAAAUGGAAGCGCAGGAGGGUCCUGCUUUGUGCGCAAAAGUUGCAAAACUGAGCGAAGAUAUGAAGUCCCUCAAGUCUGAUGUCCAGGAUGUCGUAAUAUUAGACAAAGAUAGACAGCCACUUCCAGCGUCCGACCACGAUAGGAGAUUCUUCGAAGCAGCCUGGAUGCACAAGUACAAUGGCAAAUACUACUUCUCGUACUCCACCGGCGAUUCGCACUACCUCUGCUACGCGACAAGCGACAACCCACUUGGUCCAUUUACGUACGGCGGCAGGAUCCUAGAACCAGUCAUAGGAUGGACUACGCAUCACUCUAUCGUAGAGUUCAAGGGCAAAUGGUAUCUUUUCUACCAUGAUACUUCACUGUCGAAGGGCGUCAAUCACCUAAGGUGUGUGAAGAUUAGAGAGAUUGUGUAUGAUGAUGAAGGCAAGAUUGGCCUGGCAGAGCCCCAGCCGAAAGUAUAG